CAGAAAAAGAAAUAAUACAUACAUAUGGCGACCACUCCAGGCUUCCUCACUGAUUGGCCAUGGAAACCCCUUGGAAGUUUUAAGUAUGUGGUCCUGGCACCAUGGGUGGUUCACAGUGUGUACUCUUUCGUUACGAGCGAGGAAAGUGAAAGGGACUACACAAAUUUCUUGAUUUUCCCUUUCAUCCUCUCCCGGAUGGUGCACAAUCAGCUAUGGAUCAGCUAUUCCCGUCACCGGACGGCGAAGGGGAAGACCCGGAUCGUCGAUAAACCCAUCGACUUUGAGCAGGUUGAUCGCGAAAGCAACUGGGAUGAUCAGAUAUUGUUGAGCGGGCUGUUCUUUUAUGUGCUGAACGUCACCGGCCUGGCUUCCCGGCUGCCGGCGUGGCGGGCGGACGGCGUGUUGAUGACGGUGGCCAUUCACGCCGGGCCGGUGGAGUUUCUUUACUAUUGGCUUCACAGGGCGUUGCACCACCACUAUCUCUACUCCCGCUACCACUCCCACCACCACUCCUCCAUCGUCACCGAGCCCAUUACCUCUGUGAUUCAUCCUUUCGGAGAAAUCCUUGCGUAUUUCGCGCUGUUCAUGAUUCCACCGCUGACAACAAUGGCCACUGGGACUGCCUCCAACGUUGGCCUUUUUGGCUAUGUUACAUACAUCGAUGUUAUGGACAACUUGGGACAUUGCAACUUCGAGUUCUUCCCCAACUGGCUCUUCUCAAUCUUCCCACCUCUCAAAUACCUUAUGUACACACCCUCGUUUCAUUCAUUACACCACACUCAAUUUCGGACAAAUUAUUCACUGUUUAUGCCAUUCUACGACUACGUCUACGGAACAGUGGACAAGUCGAGUGACACGUUGUACGAAACGUCUCUGAAGAGAGAAGAAGAGUCCCCAGAUGUGGUGCAUCUUACACAUUUGAUCACCCCAGAAUCUGUGUACUAUUUGAGGCUUGGGUUUUCGUCUUGGGCCUCCGUGCCACAAAACCAGAAAUGGUACGUUUGGUUUAUGUGGCCUAUGACCACAUUCAUAAACUCCAUCUCUAAUCAAACUUUCAUCUUGGAGAGAAACAUUUUGGGAAAGGUCAAGUCACAAUCUUGGGUUAUACCCAAGUGCAAAGUCCAGUACCUGCUUAAACGACAUUCAAGAGCCAUCAAUGGCUUGAUUGAAGAGGCCAUACUAGAUGCUGAAGCAAAAGGUGUCAAGGUCUUAAGCUUGGGUCUUCUCAACCAGAGUGAGGAACUAAAUAGGAACGGAGAGGUUUACGUCCAAAAGUACCCGAAAAUGAAAAUGAGAUUGGUGGAUGGAAGUAGCUUGGCAGCUGCAAUAGUGAUGAACACAAUUAUUCCAAAGGGUACCACAGAGGUUCUCCUUAGAGCCAACCUCAAUAAAGUCUCCAUCUCCAUUGCUUCUGUAUUAACCCAAAGAGGCAUCAAGGUUGUUACCUCGUGUGAAGAUGAGUACGAGAAGCUUAAGCUUGCCACUAAUUCAAAAGAUAAUCUUGUGCUGUCAAGGAGUUUCACCCAGAAGAUAUGGUUGGUCGAAGAAGGAUUAAGGAAAGAAGAACAAAAGAAGGCGACAAAAGGGACAAUGUUCAUUCCCAUGUCUCAAUUACCCCCAAACAAACUCCGCCGUGACUGCUUCUACCAUCCCCCGCCGGCAAUGUUGGCACCGCCUUCCCUCCAAAACCUGCACUCUUGUGAGAAUUGGCUGCCUCGGAAGGCGAUGAGCGCGGCGCGUGUGGCCGGAAUCGUGCACGCUUUAGAGGGAUGGAACGUGCACGAGUGUGGAGAGACAAUGUUUGACACCGACAAAGUGUGGGAAGCCGCCAUCCGCCAUGGUUUCCGCCUCAUGAUGUUGGACAUUGAUUGGCAGCGAAUCAAGUUUUAACUAAAUUUAUUCAAAUAAUAAUAAAAAUAAUAAUCCAUCUAAGCUGCUUACUAGCAAGCUUAUGUUGUAUUUCGAUCUCUAUCUGCAUUCCUCUCAGACCUCUCUUACUCCAUCCUUUGUGCAUGGGAUGGAGAUAUAUUAAUGAGUUGUUAAUUGUACCGACUAAAUAAAUUAUGAUUUAAAUAAAAAGAGUUUGUGUGCACCA